AUGGAUGGCCUGCACACCGAUGCGAAUAUCAAGCUGGAUAUACUGGGACAACAGCCGUUCUUUCAGCACUUGUACACGCAAAUAACGCUUGGGUUUCCAUUGAGCGCUGAGGCCAAUAUUCGUCACAUCCUCGAUCGGCUUCAAACAGGCCUCAAACACACUGCAGAUGCCUUUCCAUGGAUAGCAGGUCAGGUCGUCAACCAUGGCGCCAGUACAGGCAACACCGGAACGUUCAGCAUUUGUCGCUUGACAGGGGCCCCUCUCUUUACUGUUGACGACUUGCGAGACGACAACUCAUCACCGAGCUUUGAGGCAAUGCAAAGCGCAGGUUUCCCCAUGGAAAUGCUCGAACAAAGCGUAUUAUCCCGGCGCAAAACUUUUGCGACUGACGACGGUCCCCGGGAGGUCUUGUCCGUCCACGCUGUGUUUGUCCAAGGUGGUUUGUUGCUCACCUUUGCAGCCUCGCACGCCACCAUGGACGCUUCGGGGCAGGGACAGGUGAUUUCAAUGAUUGCGAAGGCUUGUCGUGGUGACAGCUUCUCCAGCGAGGAGAUGCGAAUCGGUAAUAUGGCACGCGACAAACUAGUACCACUGUUGGACGAGGACUACACUCCGGGUCCCGAAGUAAGCAGCAGCCAGAUCUCCAAGAAAAAGAGUGAAAAGGCAACGGAAGAGCACGUCACAACCACAGCCCCUCCGCCGAGCGGCAGGUGGGCGUAUUUCAGCUUCAGUCCCAGUUCACUGGCCGAAGUCAAGGAUAACGCAACAAGCACACUACCUCCGGACUCAGCAGUGCCGUUCUUGUCCACAGACGACGCCAUCACGACCUUCAUCUGGCAAGCCAUCACCCGUGCACGACUGCCACGUCUGGUGGAUACGUCCGAAAAAGUCAAAUUGACCCGAGCCGUCGAUGUGCGCAAAUACUUCAACGUCCCAGCUACCUACCCUGGCCUCUUACAAGUCCUCAACUUCCACUCCCACGAGCCCCAAGAGCUUGUUCAGCCGUCUUCACUCGGAGUCGUCGCUGGAGAGAUGCGCUCCGCGCUUUUCACGGCCGAAGAGACAGGCCAGGAGCGGGACUUGGUGGGCCGCACGCGCGCUCUCGCGACCAUUCUGUCCCGCUCUCCCGACAAGUCGGGCAUUUCGCUGACCGCGUCGGUUGAUUCAUCAAAGGACGUGAUGCUGAGCUCCUGGAUGCUGCUGAAGAGCUUAUUUGAGGACGCCGACUUUGGCCCAAGCAUUGGAAAACCAGUCAUCAUCAGAAGGCCCAGCUUCGACUUCAUCGAGGGCUUAAUGUAUCUGCUGCCAGAGGCGCCCGAGGGAGGGAUGGCGCUUGCCGUCAGUUUAAGAGAUGAGGAUUUGGAGAUGUUGAGGAAGGACCAGGGUUUCAUGAAGCACGCGACAUAUUUGGGUUCGACGGCCAAGACCGCCACGGCAGGCGAAGCCGAAACGGAACGAAUUGAAGUUCACGAUGCCACUCAGCGUGUCCAAGAACAAGCCCAGACGGACAGAUGGCGCUCCAUCAAGGCGAAUCCCAAGCUAGUUCUGCUUGCCCUUUUCGCAUCCUUUGGCGGCUUCGAAUAUGGCUACCAACAGGGCAUCCUCUCGCAGUCGUUGGCCAUGUACCGCUUCAAGGAAAACUUCCCCAGCGUCGUGUCCUCGCCGACCGCGACCGGCUGGCUCACCUCGAUCCUGCAGCUCGGUGGUAUCCUGGGGUCCUUGAGCGCCGGCAUCCUCAGUGAGGUCAUCUCGAGAAAGUACACCAUGUUCACCGCCUGCUGCUGGGUCAUCCUGGGCAGUUACCUGUACAUCGGCGCCACCGCGGGCAAGCCCGACCUCUUGUACGCCGGCCGCUUCUUCACGGGUCUCGGCGUUGGUCUAUUUAGUGGCGUCGGUCCCCUGUACAAUGCUGAGAUCUCGGCACCUGAGACGCGUGGCUUCACUGUCUCUUUCUACCAGUUUGCCACCAUCUUUGGCAUCUUCCUCUCCUUCUGGGUCGGCUACGGUAGCAACUACAUUGGCGGACACGAUGCAGCCCAGUCGGACAUGGCAUGGCGCCUCCCUUCCAUCAUCCAAGGCAUCCCCGCGAUCCUCCUGGCCGGCGGCAUCUGGUUCAUGCCCUUCUCGCCGCGCUGGCUGGUCAAGAAGGGCCGGUAUGAGGAGGCGCGCAAGACGCUGGCUUGGAUCCGCAAGAAGGACCUCGACGACCCGCUCGUCGAGGUCGAGCUGCUCGAGAUCAGGGCCGAGCAGCUGUUCGAGGAGAGGGCCUUUGCGCGCGCCCUGCCCCAGUACGCCAACAAGGAGGACCGCAACCCCUGGGUCCACGAGAUCGUCGGCUACGUGCAGUGCUUCAAGACCUGGGACAAUGUCAAGCGCGUCGCCACGGCGUGGCUCGUCAUGUUCUUCCAGCAGUGGUCCGGCAUCGACGCCAUCAUCUACUAUGCCACCAACGUUUUUAUGAGCUUUGGGUUCACCGAGGGCACCAUUGCUCUGCUGGCGACGGGCGUCACGGGUGUGGUGUUUUUGGUGUCGACCAUUCCUGCCAUGUUGCUCAUCGACAAGCUCGGCCGCAAGCCCAUGCUGUACACGGGCUCCAUAAUCAUGUUCCUGACCAUGGUGACGGUCGGCAUCGUGGUGGCCAAGUUCCAACACGACUGGCCCAGCAACCCCGCCGCGGGCUGGGCGGCGGUGAUCCUGAUCUGGAUCUACAUCGGCGCCUUUGGGUACGGCUGGGGCCCGGCGUCGUGGGUGGUCAUCUCCGAGAUCUUCCCGCUCAGCAUCCGCGCCCGCGGCGCCUCCAUCGGCGCCUCGUCCAACUGGCUCAACAACUUUGCCAUCGCCUUCUUCGUGCCGCCCAUGUUCCAGGCCCUGGCCUGGGGCACCUACAUCUUCUUCGCCGGCUUCCUGGCCGCCGGCAUUGCCUGGAUCUACUUUUACCUGCCCGAGACCAAGGACGUCAGCCUCGAGGAGAUGGACCGCGUCUUUGGCAGCCACACGGGCGCUGAGGACGCGAGGCUGCUGGCCGAGGCGCAGCGCGACGUUGGCUUGAUUGACUUUUUGAGGAGGGCUGAGGGCAAGUCGGUCGAUGUCGAGGCUGAGGAGAAGAGGCAGGAGCAUGUCGCUUAG